AUGCCCAAAUCCAACUGGUACAUCGCCUUUGAAGCGCACGGCAAGGGCCCGAAGAAGGAAAAUAUCUUCUCCACACGAGAUAACCACUGGCAUGCGCGGUACCGAGGGCUGGUUGAGCAAGGCUUCUCGAUGGAGCAGCUGCUGCAUCGCGAGGAAGCAAUUGAUGCCUUGCUGCUGGAUCUGCUGGCCAAGCUCGACGCGUCUUGCGCACCUGCAGACGGCAAAGCCGCGGCCUCGCACACUCCAAGCCCUAGUCUUAUCGACCAGCUCCAUUAUUUUGUCUUCGAUGUCGGCGGCAUUCUUGCAUUUAGCCGGCCCUAUGGGUUUGUGAAAGGCCAGUCGGAUCUGGAGGGUAUUAUCCGGCUCUCGCGGAAAUUGUCAACACAUUUAACACGACUUGCACAAGCCCCAGUCUUCCAGUACCUGCUAGAUAAGAACCCUCUCGUUCGUUUCUUUGGCCUCGUGCCCCCGCCCGUGACGUUCGCGCGGAGAUAUCUCCCCCUCACCAGGAUCAGCCACCAAAUCGAUGACCCCCGGUCCCAAGACGAGAAACCCAAACCCAACGAGGACCUGCUAGACAGCUGGAUCGAAGCGCACCUCAAGCACCCAGACGUAGUGACCCGCAACGAGAUUAUCGACCUGGCACUCAUGCUAAUCUCGCCCACCCCUGACGCAGUGUACGUCCACCCUCUCUCUUUAUCACAUUCCUUGACACUAUCACCAGAUUUACUGACGCGCACUAUGUUGCCUACCAGCCGCACAACCCUCGGCGUUCUAAUAUACUACCUCUUCAAAUCCCCCAACGCCCUAUCUAAACUCCGCGCCGAACUCGACAGCUCACUCCCCAACACCACAAUCCCCCCCUACACCCUCCUCAGCAACCCCACCCACCUCCCCUACCUAACAGCCUGCAUCCUCGAGUCCCUCCGCAUCCACCCACCACCCGGCUUCAUGAUAGAACGCGUCGUGCCGCCCGGCGGCGCCGUCGUCGACGGUCAGUAUAUGCCCCCAGGGACGCUGGUGAGCGUGUCCCCGUGGGUGAUCCACCACAACGAGGAGAUCUUCGGAGUCGAGCCUGACGUAUUCCGGCCGGAGAGGUGGGUUGAGGCGGAGCCGGAGCAGAGAAAAAAGAUGGAGGGGAUGCUGUGCGCGUUUGGGUUUGGGGGGAGGGUUUGUCUUGGGAAGGACGUGGCGCUGCUGGAGCUGUACAAGGUUGUGGCGGUGCUGGUUAAGGAGUAUGAGAUGACGCUGGCGGAUGUAGAAAAGGAUAUGACGAUUACCUGGGGGAAUAUGGUCUGCGUUGAUAUGGAGGUGAGGAUUGCGACGAGGCGAAGGGAGAGUACCAUGCCUACCUAG